AAUUCUGACUGUUGAUAGUUGUGUUUUGGAUAUUUUGUUUAAGCCAAGCAUUCUUGUGAAAAAAAACAUAUUGCGUUUUCCAUUCAGUUCGGAUUUAUGCCCAUAGUUUUUAUUUUUUUAUUUUUUACAUUAAGUCAUGGAUGAAGAUGAACGACGAAGGAAAUUAGAAGCUGGAAGAGCCAAGCUUGCUAGCUUCAGACAGAAGCGGGCGAAAAGCGACAGUGCGGGGACGACGAAAAAGACGCAGAAGAGGCAGGGCCAGACUGUCAAAAAGGAUGACGACUCGACGCAAGACCGUCAUGUAGAGCCAGCUCCUCCUUCAGCCAGUGCCACAGAGUUUAACAAGACCGACCAUGAGGGGCCCCCAAAAUCAGAGCAAGUAGAGGGUCAGCAGAAUGAAAAUCAGGAGGAUCAACCCCCCUCCCUGGAGCAAAACCCAUCUCCCUUGGAUGACUUCAGAGAAGAGGAGCUAGCUGCACUGACCGGCAAAGAGCAGCUGAAGCAGUUGCAGGAGGCUGUUGAGAAGCGUAAUGAAAUAAUUGCCAAACUUAGUUACAACCUUCAGGAAGCCCUGUCGAGUAGAGACCAGGUACAGCUAGAGGCACAGUCACUUGCUGGACAAAUUCAGGCACUACAGAAACAGAUCCAACAGACCAGUGUAGAGUUUAAACGAAUUAAAGGUCAGUCAGGGGCCGAAGCAGUUGAUGUUGUAGAGCAUCACCAUGGCCUUUCCGCCCAGGCUGCAAACAUCAAUCACAAAGAGGCAACAUCAAAAGCAUGGGGAAGUGCAAGUCCUGAAUGUUUCAGCACCGACAGUGACACGGAGACAGACACUGUUCUGCACAAGUUGAUGACCGAGUUAGAAGAUGAAAGGAAGAACAGCCAACGCAUAAGUGCCGAACUCGCAAAGGAGAUGGGGAAAAACCAACAUGUGCUUUUGUUACUGGAGGAGGAGAAACGGGAGCGGGAAAAGGAGCGCAACGCAAAAGAUGCACAACUACAAACCCUUCAAAUCCAUUUAAAUCAAGUACAAACACAGUGCCUUGAGGUACAGCAGUACAAAGAGGAGAAGGAGGCGUUAAACCGAGAAGUGCUGGAGCUGAGGAAAAAGCUUCAGGAGGAGGAAGACGCUGUGAGGAGACUUGCUGAGGAUGUUGCCAGUUCUGCUCUUCGUCUCCAGACUUUUGAGGAAGAAAAACUGAGACAGGAGGAGAAGAUUAAGGGACUGGAAGAGGAGGUUGAAAAUGUCGGGCUGCUGUUGGAUGAGAGUGAAAACGAACUUAAGAAGCGAGAGGGAGAAGACGAAGGACUAAAAGUUUCAAAAAACCGUCAGAACCAAGCUAAAGCUGGUUGUAGUUCUGAGAGGAUUAGUAUAAAUGAAGCCAACUGGGAAACCGAAUUGGAUCAGGAAAGUGUAAAUGAAUCAUUACGUGGUAAUAUUUUAAUGGAGCGGUACUUGUGUUCGGCUCCUCUUGUACAUUCACAAUCUUCAGUGAUUAAUACAAGCUUUGAACAGUGCAGUCAGCUGGACAUAUCUGCAGACUGCAGUUUCGAGCUCAACAGUGAAGUGUUUGGAGAUCAGCCUCUGCUGUCAAUUUCAAACCGUGUCUGUGAAGUAGAUGAAAAUAUCUUGGAUGUCACCAGCUCACAGUACUUUGCCCCAGAAGCUGGCGACUCUAGUCCUCGAUCUUUUGUUCCUUGGCCUCCUGAUUCCACUUCUGGUGAGAUGGGAUUGUGCCAAAUGUCAGAGCAGCAGUUUGGAGACGCAGGCUCGGAAAAGGUUUUAUCGAAUCAGCAGUGUGAGGAGCUCCACGAGGAGCUGGCUCUGAAGGAGCGUGAAUUGAAUGUGUUACGGGAGGAAGUCCUCAAGAGUUCAGAAGAGUUGGAGGAAGCAAGGAGCAGGUGGGCUCAAGUAACAGAAGAGCUCAGGCAAGCUCUCUUUGAACUUGAAGAAGAGCAGGAGAAGAGAAGAAACAUUGAAGAAGAGAUGAACUUGAAAGCUCAUGAACAAGAAAAUCUUAUAAACAAACUUAGUGCCUUGUUUGAAGAAAGAGAAAAUGCUGUAAUAUUGAAGGGACAAGAAGCUGAGAGCACUAUGGAAACCUCUAUGGUGGUUCCUGCCACCUGUCCACCAGAGGAGAAAGAUGCACUGGCAGGAGAGCUAAAUGGGGACAGAGAGGAAGACGUCCUCUCAUCUCAUCAGAAUCCGCAGGAGCUGCUGCACGUAUCGUCUCCGCAGGAGAUGGAGCUGAGUGCAAAUUUUGCCAAAGAGACCACAAAACCCAAAGGUGGCAUCCAAAUGCAAACAUUACAGGCUUACUGUGAGCAUCUUAUAUCAACGUUGGAGGGAACAACAACUGAACUGACAACCACAUCAACCUUGUUAAAUCAAAAGACCUUAGAGCUUGACGCUGUAUCAGAGGAGCUUGAAACAACACGAGUGCAGGUUUUAAAGAUCCAAACAGAAGUGGAGACGCUGCAGCAAGAAUUAUUGAAGAGCCACGAGAGUCUGGACUCCGCUAAUAAAGAAAUAAACGAGUUGGAUUCUCAAGUCUCCUGUCUGAGACAGAGCCUCGCCCGUUUGGAAGAGGCCCAGGCUCAAUCUGUGAAGCAGGCUGAGGAGGGCAAGAGAAGAGAACAACAGAUGGACGAACAGAUAACAAAGAUGGAACAGGUCCUAGAAGAGGAGCUUGAACAGUUUGAGAACAUACUGAAAGCCAAAGAUGUUGAGUUGGCUGAAGAGAAGGAAAAGUGGGAGGAGGAGAGGCAGGAAAAAGAGAAACUCCUUAGUGCCACUCAUCUGUUGGAAGAACAGAUGAAGGAGAAGGAAGAGGAGGUGAAGGCUCUUCUUGAAAAGCAGGUCUUGGCUCUGGAGGAGGCUACAGAAAAGCUAAAGGUUUCUCAUCAGCAGAAGAUAAAAGAUUUGAUGGAAGAACAUCAGCAAGAGAUUUCCAAACUACAAGCCAACCUGGAGACAGAGCUGCAGAAGCAGCAAUUCAAAAUGGAGGAAGAACAAACUCGACAGAUCAGCCUGAUCAAACAGGUAAACGAACGCGAGCACGAGAGGAUGAUAUUAGAGCUGACUGCCAAACACAACGAGGAUCUCGAUCAGCUAAGAGCUGAGGUGUCCUUGGAGCUGAGGGAGAGCAUGGAAGCAGCUCAUCAGGCUGAGCUGCAGCAGGCACAAGCCCAAAAAACCAUGGAGCUUGAAGCCUUGCGCCUGAGUCUGACCACAGUUCACAGGUCUCAGCAGGAGCAAGAGUCUGCACUCAGCAGGGUUCAGGACUCCAUGAAGGAGACAUUCGCCCAGGAACUAUCACUCCUAGAGGCCCACCAUCAGACUGAUCUGGACCAAAUCAAACAGCAGAGUCAGGAGCAGCAGGAUAGACUGCUGGAGCUGCACAAACAAGAGUUGGAUGAAUUAAAGCAGCAGUGGGAGAUUGGGGUUGCUCAGGAGAGAGCUUUAAUGGAGGAAAGGCAGACUAAAGAGAUACAGGUUUUAAGAGUUCAGUGGGAGACGGAGGCAGAACAAAAUGCCCAAAGGUCUCUAUCAGAGAUCAAAAACUGCCUCAAUGCCACCCAGACAGAGCUGAGCAGCAAGCAGACCUCCCUCACAGAGACGAGCAAAGCUUUAACAGAUGCCAAAGCUGCUCUGUCUCAAACCCAUUCAGAGCUGCAGGAGACAAGAACCAGACUGGAGGAAGUCCAGACUGGCAGUAAAGCUCAAGCUGAGAAACUAGAGGAACACAAACAAGUCUGGGCUGACAGAGAUGCUGCUGCCGAUUCUGUAGAGGAGAUGGUUCUUAGUCACAAAGCAGUUCUGCAAGAGAAGGAGCAGCAAGUACUCCACCUUGAGGAGAAAGUGCAGCAUUUGCAACAAGAGGUUUUGCACCUGAAAGAAGAGAAAGAUUUACUCAUUCAAAGCAAAGAACAGGAAAUGGACCAACUGUGGACCCAGCUGGAAAGCAUGAGGACCAGUCGUCAAGAGCUGGGAGAGCUCAAGGAGCAGUUGUUGGCUCGUUCAGCUCAAGUUGCCGACAUGGAGCUUCUAAAGACAGAGUUUAAUGAACAAAAGCGAGAAAUCAAAGAGCAGAAUGAGGCUGAGCUGGAAAACUUGAGGAGUUAUUUUGAGAAGCGGCUGCAUGCAUCAGAGGAGAGCUACAAAGAGGAAAUUGCUCUGCUCCAGCUGAGGCUGGUGGAAAGUGCCUUGGAGGACUCUGUGCUUCAGACAGAUGACAACAUUUUGUCUCAAGUUGAAGCUGAAGAGGACUUGGAUAUUUUCGCUGAUGGUGCCAAACUGGACAAACAAAAGGAAUUACUUGAUGCUUUGAGGCUCGAGUUGGAGGAGACGCAUGCAGUGGAGCUUUCCAAUCUACAGUCUACUUUAACUCUUUCUUUUAAAGAAGAACUGGAGCAGGUGCGCUCAGACCUCACAGACUGUUACUAUAAAGAGCUGCAGGAGAUGAAGGCUCGUCAUGCUCUGGAGCUUGAGCAACGCAGAGCAAAACUUUCAGACAUUCAUCUAAAAGAGCUUACUAGAGUCCAUCUGGAUGCAGCAAGGCAGGUCGAGAUUGAGGUAGAACAAAGGACUUGGUGUCUCACUGAGGAUCUGCAGACAAGGGUAACACUUAUCCACAACUUGGAGAACAAACUGACUUCCUUAAGUAAACAGCAAGAUGCCGAAACACAGUCCACUACAACAAAGCUGACUCUUCUUGAGGAAGCUCUGAAAGAGGAAAGGGAGGCUGUGCAGGAGAAAAUGAAGAAGCUUCAACAGGAACAUGAAAAUGAGAUCUCUGCACUAAAAUCAGUGCUUGAAGAGGAGAGGGCGAGCCUCCGAAAAGCGUUUGACGAAGAGAAAGAGUUGAAGUCUCUUCAGUUUGCUUUGGACAACAGUGAAAGCCAACAGGUCCUACUGAUGAAACAGAGACUGGAUGCUCAGUAUGAAGACGAGCUGCAAAAGGCAAAGAACUGCAUGUCUGCUGAAAUUAAAGAGCUCAACGUGUCGCUUCGGGAGCAGAGUGAAGAGAAGCUACGCCAAGCUCAACAAAGGUUCCAAGAAGAGAGAGCCAAGUUGGAGCAGCGCUUGGUUCAAAGCUAUGAAAUGUCUGUAGAAGAACUAAAGACCAAGCAUAAAGCUGAACUAGAACAUGAAAGGACAGCGCUGCUAAACGAGCACUCCAAAGAAAUGGACGAACUCGAUGCCAAACACAAAUCCCAGCUGGAGUCGCUCAGUGCCAGUCACAGCCAUCAGCUCGCAGCCAUGACAGAUGAGCUGGAAAGGACGCACAAUGCUCAGCUUGUUGCCUUAGAAGCAUCCCUCAAGUCAAAACAAAAGAUUGAUCUUGAAAGUUUGGAGGCUGCUUAUCAGGAGACCAAGCAGGCACAGUUGGAGGCUUUAGAAGCAGAAAUGGCUCGCAAGCACCAGGAAGACCGAGAUGACCUGGAGAGGAGGAUGCUGGGAAAUAUGGACACUUUGGAGACCACUUACUUAAAGGAAGUACAGACACUGCGUGAUGAAAUUGUACAACUUGAGAAGCGACAUUGUCAAGACCUGCUUUGUCAGAGUGCAGAGCACAAAGAGCUGAUGGAGCGCCACGCUGCAGAGCAGGUAUCCAUCAGGGAGGAACUGAGGAAAGAGCUGGCUCAAGUACACAUGGAGAAGUUUAGAGCCAUGGCAGCUGUGCUCAGCCAUGUUCACGAGACUGAACUGGCUGCUCAGAAAGAGGCCUUAGAUUCUGAACACUGCAAAGCCUUAGAAAGUCUUAAGAAGCAGGUUUUGGAGCUUGAACAGCAACACAGCGCUGCUCUGCAGGAACUCUCACAGACGUACAUUUCUGAAAAAGAGCAGCUGAUUGAACGGCACCAGCUCCACCUUCAGGAGCUAAAGGGAACUUCAGCCGGUGAAUUGGAGGUUUGUCACAGGGAGCUUGAAGAAAAGUCGUCAAGGCAACAGCAGCACUUCCUGAAAGAGGUGGAGCUCCUUAAAGUCCAAUCAGACAAGCAGCUGCAGGACAGGAUUAAUCAGCUGAAUAAGGAGCUUGAUGAGCAAAAGGAGGCGGAGCUUGAAGACAUGAGGCGGAGCUUCACAGCUGAACAGCAGGAAAAGGAAGAGAGCUACACAAGAAAAAUGAGCCAGCUCACUGUCCAGCUGCAGCAACUGGAUGCUGUGGUGUCCCAGCUGCGUGCAGAGGUUGGGUGUCUGCAGGAAGAGCUGCAAGGAAAACAUGCAGAGAUGGAGACCAUGGACACCCUCCUUCAACGAAGGGAGCGGGAGAGCCAAGAGGGGGGCAACCUUCUGAAAAUGCUCACUGAUGACUUGCAGGCUGCUAAAGAGGAAGAGCACAGACUCCACGAUGCAAAUGAAAAGUUGAGUAAAGUUCUUGUCGAGAUGCUCCGCAGCGUAUCGGCAACAGAAGACCUGAUUGGACAAAAGAUCAACAUCCGAACAACAAAAAAUGAGCCCGUGACCCGACGGAGGAGCUCAGCAGCCAACAGAGAUGCCCAGGAGUCAGGUAUUUCAGUUGCAGACGUGACAUCAGAGGAAGCAGAGCUGACCCAGCUGCUCUGUGAGAGUCUUCUGGUCUCAGAUUCUCAGCUCAGUCCUGGAGGAGAAGAGUCGGUUCUGACAGCUUGUGCGAGGUUACGGCACGCUGUAGACACACUGCUAGAUCUGUUAAACCAAGCAAACACACAGUUGGAGCAGACUCGCAGCGUUCAUCUUUCUUUGGAGGAGAAGUUCUCACAAGGCAUAGAAGACACCACCCAACUUGUUGAACAACACAAACUACUGAUGAAGCAGCUUGAUCAGGAGGCAAAGCUGAAGGCUCAGCUCCAGCUGGAGCUCCACAAAGCAGAAGGGCUUCUUGGGGGUUAUGUGGCUGAAAAAGCUGCCUUGGAGGAGUCUUUGCAGCAGAAAGAAGCUCAAGAAGAAAAGCUAGUGGAGGAACUGGAAGGCCUGAAGGUGAAGCUGCACCACACGCAGAGCCUCACCGCAGAGUUGGACAGCCUCCGAGUGAAGUAUCAGGAUCUGAGUGAGGAGCACGCACUUCUCCUGCGUCAGAAGGAGCAUCUUUCUGCUGGACUUGGGGAGAGGGAAAAAGCUUUGUUGGCAGAGACGGAGCGUUUGACCCAAGAAAAGCUGGAUUUGCAGCGGCAGGCGGAGAAAGACCACAGUUCUCUGUCAAAGCGCCUCAGGACCCUGGAGAGGGAGCUUGAAGAUCAGGAAGCCAAAGACCUGGAGAAAGAGCUGCACCACAAGACCCACACUGAAGACCUCAGUCAGCACGUGCAAGCUCUCGAGAAACAGUUGAAACACAACAGACAGUUUAUAGAGGAACAGGCUGUGGAGCGUGAACACGAACGAGACGAGUUCCAGCAGGAGAUCCGCAGGCUUGAAGCCCAACUCAAACAGACAGCAAACGUAGAUAACAAAGGACACAGGUUUGAAGACUUGGUUCUGCAGGUGGAGAGCCUACAGACGAAUCUCAAAGAGAAAACGGAGGAUCACGCUUCUUUGCUUGCAGCCAAUCAGCAAGCCCAGCGAGAUCUUACUGAACGAAACGAAGAGAUAGACAAGCUAGCUGGGCGAAUCAGAGAGUUGGAACAAGCACUCCUUAACAGCGCUGAGAGCGUUCGAAAUGUCAGUCAGCUGGAACAAGAACUGCACAAAGCGAAGUUAAGAGAGCAGGAGCUCACACAGGAUAAACUCGCUCUAGAGCAGCAGCAGCUGUCCAGCAGGCUUCAAAUCUCAGCUCUGCAGUCCAAACUAGAUGAGACGAAACAUUGUUACCAUGACAACGUUCGUGACCCCACUGAGGAGCUUAGGGAUGCCUUGGACACUGCUCAGCAGAAUCUGCACAGCAAAGAGCAAGAGGUUGAAGUUCUGAUUGGCCAGUUGGAGAAUGUUCAGAGAGACUUGAGCAUUAAAGAAGUUGAACUAAAACAUCUCACACUUCAGCUGGAACUACUAACGAAUGAGAAUGCGGCGCACGUUCAAGAGCUCCAAGAACAAAUUUCUGCUCUUAACGAGAAAGUGUCGGCCCUCACCAUACUCCAUGAGGACAAAGAGGAACACGCUGAGAUGGAAGACUCUGAGGAACAAAGCCUUUCUGCAGCUCUUCUUCAGGAGAAGAACCAGGAGAUUGACCAUCUGAACUGUGAGAUCCAAAGACUAGAACAGGAGUUGGAGAGUGCCAGGAGUGACAACGUCUUGGAGGUUGAGCUUGAGGAUCGACGCUCCCAGGUCGAACAUCUUCAGUCUGAAAUCUCCAGAGUGCGCCAGGAAAAGCAGGAAGAAGAGGAGCGCCUUCAUGAGGUCAUCAGUACUCUGCAGGCAGAGCUCGCCACCUUAGGGCCCAACGUGCACGAAGUGAGUGACUCUCAGGAUGGUGACAGCAUCAAUCCCUCACCUGCGCCCAGUCCUGAACCUCAGCAGCAUCAUCUCCAAGAACAAGAAAGGAGGGGAAAACCAAACAGUCUGAAGCACGAGAUCAGCCUGACAAAUUCUGCUGCCUCCUCUUCUCUUCGAUCUCGUCUCAAGGUCCUACAGAGUCAGUUUGAGACUGCUGUGGCAGAGAAAGAAGGCCUGCAGCGAUUACUUCUCACCCAGGAGGAAGAGUACAGAGAACAGGGGGAAGAGUUUGGAAAGAGGAUCAAAGCUGAAAGGGAAAAGUCAGAUGAAGUUCAAGGUCUCCUCAUAUUAACGGAAGCAGAGCUGAAGGAGGUGAAAGAAAGAAUAGAUGAAGAGAGGGAAAAGAGGAAGCUGUCAGAGGACGACAGGGACCACUGGAAACUCCAAGCUGAAGAGGCAAAUACUCUACGAGAAGAGAAAACUCACCUUAAUUCUCUGGUUUUAGAUUUGCAAAAGAAUGAAGAAGACAGAAGGAGAGAGACUGAGGAUCUGAAAACAAAAGGGCAGGAGAUGGCACAAGACAUGGAGGUCCUCAGAAAAAACAGUCUCAGUUUUGAGAGACAAGUCCAGGAAAUGAGAGCAGACAAGGUGGACAUGGAAAAACUGGUUAAUGAGGGAAGGGAACAAAUUAAGACCCUUGAGACUAUGAAGGAAGAUCUUUCUGCUAAAUGUGAGGAGCUGCAGAGGAGAGAGAGUCAGCAUCAGGAGGAAAUCGAAAAACUAAGACAGGAAGUUGCUUCAAUGAAAGUCCUGAUCCAAGACCUGACAUUGAAACUCAAUGAAAAGGAAACCAACCACGAAGAAGCUCAGAAGGAAGUCUUGACCCAUGCUGAUGUGACUCUGGCUAAAGCAGAUGCUGCCUUGAGACUAAAGGAAGCUGAAUGUGCUGAGCUAAAGGCUGAAAAUGAGACGCUAAGGACGGAGCUGACUGCAGUGAAACAAAGGCUGAGUACCAGUACAGAGCGGGCUGAUAGGUUUCAUCAGGAAGGACAGACCAAAGAACGAGCUCUUGUUGACCUGGAAACUGAAAACAAGCAGCUGAAGGUGGAACUCCAACAGCUUCAAGAGGAACUGACUUAUGAGACAAAAGAACAGGGACUGUGUCAGCAGCGCCAUCAACAGGACACUCUUCCUCACCACCAGAACUACACACAGAAGGAUGCUCCUCACAGGGGCUUUCAGGAGGGUCUGGCAGUCUCUCGUGACGAAGCCCCUCUGAGUUCUCCCGAGGUCUUGAGACGACUCGAAUGCUCUGAGGACAGAAUCCGACAACGCUUCCAGACGUCUGCCCUCGACUCUCGUCUGUUCGAGCUCAGCAGCAUGAACAGCACGGGCCUCGAACCUCCGCAGGUUAAACCUUCUCCCAAUGUUGUUAUGGAGCCUCCACACUUGAGGACCAUCACUCCAGACCCCAGCUCACAGACCAGCCAUUCUCCAGGAUCUUUGUCGGGAUCGGACAACUUCUCUGUACUCAAUUCAGCAGAGGCUGAUAAAGUGCACGAGCUGGAAGAAUUUGACCUAACGGCACCGUCAUCUCCGCUUGGCUCCACCUCGUCUCUGUCAGCACAGGAGUGGAACACCAGUGAUGGUUACGGCAGCAAUGUGAGCUCUGAACUGGGUGCCCGACUAAGAGCAGAGCUCGAACAGACUGAACGACUGGAUGCUCAGUUUAUUGAGUACCUUCGCUGCAGAGGAAUGAAUCCUACAGUCAACACGGACAGUGCUGCAGGAAGUAUGAGCUACAGUGAUGACUUGUUGUCACCUGAACUCCAGGGUCUGUUGAAAAAAGUGUAUCAAGAAAGCUGCAGAAUUCUCACUCUGAGCCAGCGCCAAGCUGCUCCUUCAGCCCAUCCUCAUAUUUCUGAGCUGAAAGGUUUCCCCCAGAGUCGGCUGCAGUAUCACUCUGACGGUAGCUCUGCUCCGAUGGGCCACAGAGGAGACGCACCACCGUCUGACCCUCCCAUGACGUGGCAGCAGGAGAAGAGAGCUCUGCAGGAGACCGUGAUCGCUCUCAGAGAGCUGCUUUGUCGGAUGGCACAGAGACAAACUGAUAACGUUGAUGAUAACUGGAACCAAAGUCAACUUCAGACUGGUGGACAGGCUGAAUCGCAGCUGAGGGCAGAGCUGGAGGAGAGCCAGAAGCAGCUGAAAUGUGCCCACAAUGCUCUGCAAGAGCAAAAGAACAAAACUCUCUCACUCAGGCUGACUGUGGAGGAGUGUGAGGAAGCUUUGAGGAGGGAACAGACGAGGUUUGAGGAGCUUCAACAAGAUCUGAAGCAAGAGAGAGCUCUGAUUGUCCGUAAAGAGAGAGAGGAAGAGGAAAGACGAGCGGCAAGUCACGUGUCCUCUGAGAAGCUCAGGUGUGAGGUAAUGACUUUAAAGAGUCAACUGGAGCAGGAGAUGGUAGCCUGUAGCAAUCUGAGACAAGAGCUUCAGAUUGAACAGUCACGCAGCUCGCUGUUGGAGAAGCGCUCACAAGACACUCAGAAGUUGAUAGAAGAUGACCGCCAGCGUUUUGCUUAUCAACAGGACCUCAGCUUGCAAGAAACAUCUCGAGUUGAGUCCCUCCUUCGUGAAGCACAAUCUCGCCUGGCUGAGCUCCACUCCAAGCUCGCAGAUUCUCACAAGACACUUGAAGAGGAGCGAGACCGUUGGUCCAGACAGGUAGACGAGCUCAGCCAGAGGCACGAGGCCGAUGCAGCUAGAGACAGGAAGUUCAUCUCAGACUUGCACUCCCAGCUGGAGAAGGAGCGAAGGCAAGAGGAGGAGCUGGCAGCUGUGAUAGAUAGACUGAGGGCUGAGCUGCUGCAGAGCAGAAGGAAAUGGGAAGAGGAGGAUAAAACGAGGCGGGAGCAGCUGCAGAAGGAGAAGGAGGUUACCACCAGGCAAAGAGUUGCACUGGAGACUUUGAAGGAGCAAAAACGGGAGAUCAGCUGCGCUUUAGAGGGGGAGCGAGAACGAUCCAAAUGUCAAGGAGUGGAACUGGCAGAACUGAAGGAGAGACUCCGGAUUUUGAAGGAGAAGGAGCGGGAGCAGGAGGAGCAGAUGGAGAGGGAAAGGAGGAAAGGAAGGCAAGAGCAGAUGGAGAGAGAGGCGCGACAGGAAAGCACCAAGAACAAGCUUUUGGAGUUGGAGUCACUGAGGCGGCAGGACCAGCAGCGCAUGAAGGAGCUGCAGCGCACUCUUACAGAGCUGGAACGAGAGGAGAAGGAGAUGGCUGCGCAGAGGCUGUCGGGGUGGACCUCAGGGCCACAACGUAAAGCUUCGGCAGCGCAGCCUGAACACAACAACCCCCAGACUGACUGGGGUCUGACGAGCAUCUCACAGCAGCAGCAGUCCACAUCACCAUCCAACAUGUUGGAGAUGUUACUGAAGAAGAACUCUGAGCUGACAGAGCAUGUGACGUCGUUGAGUCAGGAGAGGAGCACCUACAAAAACAGGCUCACCUGUCUGGAGAAACAGCUGCGGCGCACAGAGAACGAACUCGCCAAGGUCGCCGCGGAAACAGAAAACAGACCCAUGAAUGAUUCCAGCAGCAGGCUGCAGCGGUACUACGAGCGCUACCUGCGUGCCGAGAGCUUCAGGAAAGCUCUGGUGUACCAGAAGCGUUACCUGCUGCUGCUGCUGGGAGGAUUUCAGGAUUGUGAACAGGCUACUCUGUGUCUCAUUGCUCGCAUGGGAGCAAGACCCUCAACCCCUCUCACAGCUCAGCGCAAACCCCUCGGGCGAUUCAGGGCCAUUGUUCGAGUGGUCAUUGCAGUGUCAAGAAUGAGGUUCCUGACCAGGAAAUGGCAGAAAGCAAUUAGAAGAUUUCCUUUAUCUGGGAAUGCUAAUGGACAUGUUCCAGCAGGAUUUAAAGCUGAAGUUUUAAGGCAGCAGCAGCCUAGAUCAUACUCUGACUCGACACAAAACAGAGACAAAGGUGCCCAGAAAGGCACUGUGUCAUCUCUUGUUCCACCCAGCAAGUCAUCUUUCAGGUUGCACAUGAGGUCGCACUCCGGCUCCACGCUGGCCUCGGUACAUUCCAGUGGAACAGCUCAGGAUCCAGAGCGAUCCCUAACAGAAUACAUCCAUCAUCUAGAGAAAGUGCAGCAGCGUCUGGGGGGUGCCAGACAAGGUUCAUCUGACCUGAAGCUAUCUCAACCACUGAAAGACUAAAUUUUAUUUUUUAACCUGAGCUGACCAAGCCUCGCCUUCUUGAUAGA